AUGCGGUUCAUCACGGGCAUCACGUUGGUGUUGGCGGCUGCUGAAGCUACGGCAAAAUUCCUCGCUGGUCUCCCGACUGUGCCGUACACGUCUACGGGCGGCACUCUUUCUGCAUCGUUUUUCAAGAAAAUCGUUGUUCAUGAUGAGUUUGCCGAGUCCCGCGAUGAAGCGGGCGAGACGCUCAUCCCGCCGACCCUGCGCUCCUUUGCGGAAACAUUCUCCCAAGACCUAGCGUCUGCUCUCGGCCUCGUUGUCCCUGUUGAAACUGGUUCUGCGGCUGAGGAAGGCUCUAUAUUCCUCACCAUCGGCGACCCGGCCAACUUCAAAGAUGCGGCAGGCAGAGAGACGUCGGAGGGCUACGCGCUGAACGUCACGGUAGACGGCGUUCUCAUCACCGGCGCGAGCUCGUUGGGGGCGUGGUGGGGCACGCGGACGGUGCUGCAGCAGAUGAUCCUCCGGGACGGGGUGGAGUUGGGGUACGGCGUCGAUAGUCCCGGAUGGGGAACCCGGGGGAUGAUGCUCGAUGUCGCGCGGCACUACUACCCGCCUGAGUUCAUCGUCGAGAUGUGCGCGUACAUGUCCUUUUUCAAGCAGAAUACCUUCCAGCUCCAUCUAAGUGACAAUCUCUAUAACAAUGUCGCUAUCUACUCUCGCGAGCGGUCCCUCUCGCUGUAUGCUGCGUUUCGGUUACUGUCAGACGAUCCUGCUAUCGCGAGACUCAACAAGCGCACGAACGAGUCUUACACUCGCGAGGUGUUGGACGACAUCCAGACGAAAUGCGCGGCGAGAGGCGUGACCAUACUCCCAGAGAUUGAGGCGCCGGGCCACGCGCUGGUCAUCUCGCAGUGGCGUCCCGAGCUGGGUCUGUCGUCGGACCUGAGCCUCCUAAACAUUUCCAACCCGGACACGAUACCUACCAUGCAGAAGAUCUGGGAGAUUUUCCUGCCUUGGUUUCAUACCAAGACGGUGUCUAUCGGGGCGGACGAGUAUGUUGAUCCUACGCUGAGUGAAGAGGCUCUGGUGGGCGAGUAUACUCGCUUCGUAGACGAGAUGAACGAGUACAUCACGAGUACGUCGGGCAAAAAAGUCCGGAUCUGGGGAACGUUCUCGCCGGCGUCGGGCGGCGACGUGAAUCGGUCCGUAUCGAUACAGCACUGGGCCAAUUUCGAGGCGAACCCGUUACACGACUUUAUCGAUAAUGGCUACGAUGUCCUCAACUCUGGGGACUAUGUAUACACCGUCGGCAAGUGGUCGCAGUGGUACGGGCAUGAGCUGAGUUUGGAUUUCAUAUUCCACGGAUCACCUGACGGGACGCCUUUUUCGCCAAACAUCUUUGAUCGAGAGAACGAUGCCAAUAACGCGGCGAGGGAUGACCCAGCAGCGCUGGGUCAUAUCGCACCGCAGUGGAAUGAUUACGGCCCUAACGCGACGACAGUGACGGAGGCGUACUAUCAGUGGAGGGACGGUCUGCCAGCCCUCGCGGAUAAGCAGUGGGGAGGAGAGGUCUCGGAGGAUACCUACGGAGAGCUAUUUGCGAAAUUACAGCCAUUUGCGCCUGGGCAGAAUCUCGAUCGAAGAAUCCCAUCUGGGGGAUCGACGAUUAUGGAAUACAACUUUAGACAGGGUUGGGGCGGCAACAGCAGCAUUAUUGAGGAUCUAUCGGGCAACAAGUACCACGCAACGUCGACAUGCGCCACUGGAAAGGAGGGAGUUAUACUCAGUCCCUCGUGCAGCAUCACAACGCCGCUCGUGCAGAAGGGGCGCGAUUACACAUUCACAUUCUCGAUCAAGCCCACGUCGGAUUCGAAAGGCGCAAUCUUCAGUGGUGGGGACAGUGGGCUGUGGUUUGGCAACGGGACGGUGGAUAGUGUCAUGCUCUUCUCUGGGGAGAGCACGUACGCGCUCAACUACACGUUCCCCGUGGGGUUGUGGACGAAUGCGAGCCUGAUCGGCCAGGGGCGGCAGACGUUUUUGGACGUUGGCGACGGCAAGCGGAUGGAGUUCCUGACCGUCUUGGGCUGGAAUGGCAAUCGCUUUGUGUGGGCGCCGAUGGCAGUGGAAGCACCCUUGGCGACGGUUGGAGGAAGCGGGUUCGAGGGCGUCAUCGGAGGGAUGAAACUAGUCGACAAUAAUGCUGGAAGAUAG